CAGCGUCUCGUCCCACUCGCGCAAGCCGCUUCGUCGUAGCCGGGCGAAACAGCAGCGAUGGCGGCCAAAGUGUGAACGAGGAACCGCAAGAAACAAAAAGUUCGCGAUGUCUUGCGACUACGCGAGCGGGCUGUCCGAGUACGCCGACAAAGGCAUCUGCGGCCAGCCCGAACACUUCGACGAGCAGUCGCUGCUCGAAGACAAGAUCGCGCGGCUCGCCGACUGGAUGCGGGCCUCCAAGCACAUCGUCGUCAUCACCGGUGCCGGCAUCAGCACUUCGGCCGGCAUCCCGGAUUUCCGAGGUCCUCGCGGCGUCUGGACCCUCGAGCAGCAGGGUGAGAAGCCUCAGGUCAACAUUUCGUUCGACGACGCCGUACCGACCCCCACGCACAUGGCACUUGUCGCGCUGGCGAGGAGCUCGCAGCUCAAGUUCCUGGUCAGCCAGAACGUGGAUGGCUUGCACCUGAAGUCGGGCUUCCCUCCGGAGAUCCUCACGGACCUGCACGGGAACAUGUUCCUCGACCGCUGCAACCAGUGUGGUCGCCAGUUCGUGAGGACCACGGCGACCAAGUCGGUGGGCCAGAAGCCUACGGGCGAGCCGUGUCCCGUACCCAAGAAGAACGGCAGGCUGUGUCGCGGUCACCUCCACGACUCCAUCCUAGACUGGGAGCACGAGCUUCCAGAGGACGGUAUAGACGCGGCCGACCUUCACUGCAGGGCCGCGGACCUCAUCCUGUGUCUGGGUUCGACACUCCAGAUCGUGCCGUGCGGUGCGCUACCCCUCCUGGCUAAGAAGACCGGAGGCAAGAUCGUCAUCUGCAACUUGCAGCCCACCAAGAUCGACAAAUCAGCCAACCUGAUCCUUCGCGCCUACGUGGACGACGUGAUGGAAAAACUUAUGAAGCGGCUGGGUAUCGCGAUACCGUCCUACUCUACCGAAUGCGACCCCACCAAGAUGAAACGCGAGACGCCCAUGGAGUACCCGAAGCUGAGACUCCCUGACGCCAAGGCGCCAGCGCCCCGUAAGUACAAGAAGAAGCCCCGAAAGAGAGAGAACGCCUCGCCGGACUGCGAGCAGAAAGCGAUCAAAAAGGAACGCCGGUUGUCGUCCACCGAUGCGACCGGUUGACAGGAGAUCCUCGCUUUUUUUUUUUUUGCAGCCAUAGCGACACCUCAUGUGAUCAUCAGUGUAAUUUUGUUGAUGUAGUACGUCGUGACGUGAAAUGAGGUGGUGGUGUUUGUGACCACCGCUUUAAUAUCCCCGCACGUGUUUAUACUGCUGCAAACAGACGCCUCGUACUGUGACGUGCUCGUGUUUAUUUAUUGCUUAUGGUGUAAACCUCGAUGUCGUUAUUGAUAUCUUGAUAUUGUUGUUUUAUCGAAACACACCAUCCAUGCUGCAUGCUGAGCUAACACGUUUUAAGCUUUGCUGGAAGUGUUCGGUCACUUUUCAUAAUACUGAAUGCCUUUUUUUUCUUAGCUGUGUUAAGAUCGAAGUAGCCAAGCCGUUGUGUUGCUGUGUAUGUGCCCGCAAUUACAUGGUUUAUAGUCACGGCAGCUGCGCACAUCGGUUGACACAUCAUCAUUACUUGCAGAUUAUGCUGUUCAAGUGAAAAUGUUGCUGACAUUUGAAAGCAGAUCUGUUUGGAAGCAUGCACUGAUUUUUGAGACACUCAUAAACACCGUAAGGUUAUAAAAAUAAUUUUAAUCCCCUGCUUGUUUAGUUCUGUGUCUAGAGCAAAUGCUAUUUGGUAAACUAACCUGGGCUUUCAUUGUCCACAGAUUCAUGCAAAUGACUUGUGCUGUGAUUUUGAGCACUUCAGCCAAACGUGAUGUGUGUAGCCUAUAAAGUAAUAGCUUACCUUUUAGAAGUGAAAAGUAUUUGUGAAAAGAGCUUUUGACUAUGCUUUUUUAGCCUGGUGUACUUAGUUAGCUAUUAUUUACUCAUAUAAUUGCGUUCGGACACGUGCAGUACCCACUAGUAUGUGUACAUUUAUUAAUGUAUAUUGGUUUUUCUUCACGUAUAUCAGUACUUAAUGGGUGUCAGUAGACUUUGGUGGUCAUUCUAUUUCACAUAGAAAGGUUAAAGUGGAUGACCAAUAAAGUCUGCAGAACUCUACCGAAAUGCUCCAUGCUGUGUGCUGGAAAGAAAAAAAUGUUGCCAAGGAAAUGGCACAGUUUGAACACAAGAGCACAAACAGAAUGAUAAGAUGGCUUUGCUACUAUGAGGUCCACUUGACACAGGAACAGCACAAGGUUUGAAUACUUCGUCAGAUGUAUCCCUCGUGGAUGCAUUGUCCGUGCUGGUUGGGCAUCACAUAUGUCGGCUGCUGCUUGAAAAUUCUGAACCGUUCUGAUGCGACGCAUUUGUUCUUUCACUGUUCCUACACCUGUACUCAUGAAGGAACAGGAUCACUGUGACCCCGUCCUAAGUCAUCUACCCAUCUGUAACACUUCACUGUGUCCUCGUUCCCAUGACAACUAUUCUGCCACUGUAGUGGACACCAUUUAUUCAUUCUAUGCACAACCUGACCUGCCCAACUCCACUCCCUCAAUAAACAGUUGCACGUAGGCUAGUUGGCUCUUGAUCAUAAAUUUGAACUUGCUCGGCAUAGCUCUAACAGAGUACACGCAAAUAAAGCUUGUAUAGCUGAACCUGUUUUUUACACAUGUGUUCCCUCAUAACUGUGCAGGUGUAAGUUUGCUUCCAUGAUCCACUUCUUAAACCUAACUGGUAUCAUUCACCCAUGCUUCCUCUCCAAUCCUUGCUGUUUUGCCUUUGGUUCACUUCUACCUUCCCAUUUUUUGCUUUUCAUAUUGUCAUGCAUGGUGUGUCAUUCACUUCCUUCGACAUUUCUUAGUUGCAGCUUGCUUGGGCAGUGCCAUUGACAUAGCUGAAAGGGACAGGUGUUCACCCCAACUACUCCCUUGUUUUAUCGAGAAUAGAUCGAAAUUAAAUUUUGUCGGAAUAUACCUUCGAUAUAUACACAAUUAUAAAAAAAAGAAAAAAAAAUUAGACGAUUGCGAUACUCCCUAAUGCGAAAUUUCAGGCAGCGUUACACAUCUGCUGGGUUGUCAGACAUUGUAAAUACUAUCUCCAUGAAUUGUGUGUGUUUCAGCAUAGGUAAUAUACUCUUAAAUUGACCAACACUACGAUAAGAAUGAUUGUGGUGUCAUCAUUGAACGUUGCUUUAUCUAUUGUGACAACGAGAAACGAAAGGCCUAUGCGGUGUGCUAACAUAUGCCAGCGUCGGUACCAUGCGUGCGUCGAAAGGUUGCAAUGCGCACCUCCGAGAUUCGUGGAGGGCACAGCCUUCUGGUGGCAUCGGAAGAAACCGAAAAGCCACGCCACGUGACUGCGUUCUGAUCUCUGAUUGGUGACGCUGGAUGCGAGAUGUCCCUCCUCAUCUUUCGCUUCACACGUGACGGUGAGGGACGACGAGACAAGCCGAUGCUCAGCUCGGCAACGGCAAGCAAAACUUGGCAUGUGCUUGCCUGAUCUACUACUUUCUUCCUCUCUGUCGCAUUGCGCAAUGAUCCCUCCUUUUUUCCUUCCUCCAUGCCGGGAAUUAGAUGUUGACCAACAUGCUUAGCAUUGCGACACUUCUGUUGCUACAGGCAACAAGGACAGUCACUUGUGAAGCAGUGAACGGCAACAAUGAAAUGCGACAUGAAAUGACAAGUGACCUUGGAAGUCACAUUUCCAUAUCAGAAACGGCUGAUCGCCGACAAGCCUACGAUUGAGACAGCAUCAGUUAUUGGAAACCAGCGCAUAGAAAUACGCAUCUGACUGGCGCACCUUUGAGCUCCUAUUUGUGUUCACCCGCAUUUCUGUACACACACCUGUGCCAGGUUUUUCGUGAACUAUGCCACCACCACCAAACCUGUAACUCACAGAAGCUUCGCCUAAGAAUAGCAAAAAGGCAACGGCACACGUGAAGUGGUCGUUGCACAAGAAUUGCCACUGACAUUGUCUCAUGCAUGGUGUUGCCGUUUUGUAGUGUUACUAGUGGGUUUUGCUAUUUUUGUGUGCAUGUUCUUAUCUUUCUUUUCUCCACAUACACCGAGGAUAAAUCCCAACAAAAUCUUAGUUGGGAGACAGUACUUGUGUCAUUAGUCUUUAUCUCUCGUGCUAGCACUGUGUUUUAUCGACUAACAUGAACAACAUCCAACUAGCACAAUUCUCAGUCCUAAAUUCUUUCCAGAAAGGUUAAUAGGUGGGCUAGUUGGUAUAGAUUCAUUAUGAAAAACUUGGCAGUGCGAACAAAUGAAACGCAGAAGGAGCAGGACACAAACAAGAGCAUUUACUGAAACUUGGAUUUAUUCACAGAAGAAAUGACACGAUAACUAGGGAGCUUGCUGAAGCUUUUUUAACACGAAAGUGUUUUAUGCUGGGGUCCACCAUGGCUCCACUGACGUAUUGCCGUCACGGAUAUGACAUUGUAAAAUAUAAAGACUAAAGAUGGCAAAGAUAAAAACUAGAAGAAAAGCUUCUGUCACCGGGAGUCGAACUUACGCGUGCGGCACGAAACAACUCGGCCACAGAAGGAAUGUUCUUUGCCAUGCUAACGGCGAGCGAUUUAUAUACACCAUUUGCCGGUGGCGAUACUCGGAGAUCGGUGGUACAUCAGCGUGUUUUCGUUAUCACUAGCGAGAUGGCGUGAAGGGCUCGAAGAGUGCGCUUUGAAGGUCGUCGCCCCACGCGGAAGAGCGCGCGCCUCUACAGGGCAUGGUCGCUCAUGCGUGCGCUUAUCUUGUGAUCGCGGUGGUUUGUACGUCUUACGCUCUCACCGCAAGCUUGCGUUGAGAGCACGAAUGUCACUUCGCCCACUGCAGCAGCCGCUUUUGCCAAAGGAGCGCACUGCUCCGACAGAAAUAAGUUACAACUGUGACAGUUAGUUCGCACUCAUCCUGUGUAUGUACAUUCCGUGCAUCCUUUCAGCUUGAGGAGCGCGUUGAAAGUUUCGAGCUGCUUGCCGUUCUUCGCGUGACAUUACAAGUUGUUGCUGUAGCAUUCAUUCCUUCGCGCUUGGGGCGAAAGAAUGCACAACAAACGCUCUACUGCGUCUGCGAAGACACGUUUCACUUUCGUGUUAUACCGAUUCCUAUGACAGAGGGAUCAGCCAUGUAUUUUUUUUAUAAAGAACACUAAUAGCUGUGUCAGUUCACCCUCUGUAUCACUUUUAGAUUGUGAGAUCUCGUUUCUCGAUGACACUUGAUUUUGGUUGACCCCUCCCUCUUUUAUUUCCCUCUCCUCUCGAGUUUAUUAUGGUAUAUUUUUCUUCUGUGAAUUAAUCCAAGUUUCAAGUCUUCGCUUGUUUGUGUCCUGUUCCUUCUGUGUCCCAUCUGCUUGCGCUGCUAACUUUUUCAUAAUGAACCUAAAUUCUUUAUUGAUGUUUGCAAGAAGGUAGCCCACAGACUUAUCGAAACAAACCAAGUAAGAGCCAAAAGAAUUGCUUAAGUUUUCCGUCUCUUCUUCUUCCUUUUUUUUGUCACACCUACUGCAACACUCCAGUCAUAUCAACUCUAUUGUAGUACCAAGACAUCCUUCUGUGUACUUACCAUUGAAAUGAACACAUGUGCUGUGCAUUUUUUACAUAAAUCAUUGGGGGAAGAAUAAACUGAAGUUUGCAAUCUGA